AUGUUUUUCUACUUCCUUCCAAAGGCGCUGUGGGUGCACAUUGCAAGUGAAAGUGACGCAUACCGCGUGGAGUGCAUUCCAGCCGUCGCCGAGAUGAUCCGCAAGAAGCAGCUCGACGCACAAGCUAAAGAUCCUUCAAGGACUGUCCAACCCAUUGCAGACAUCACAUCCAAGCUGGAACGCGUAAAACCUAUCAAGCCUCACGAGAUACUGCAUGUUGUUGGGCUUCUUGCUGCCAGGACAUUGUGCAGUCACACAGACGGGUUGGAGAAGCAUUGGUCGACCCGUGAGGAUGGAGCUUUUUCACGAGGAACGUUCAGCCGCUACAUGAAACGUGAACGCUUCCGGAUCAUCACGAGAUACCUCCAUUUUGCUAGCAAUUCCACCGGCGGGGCUGCACAUGAUAAAGCGUGGAAAGUUCGACCGGUUCUCCAAGCAGUGGAGAAAACAUUUCGGCGUGGCUAUCGUCUGGGCGCCCGUGUGAGCUUUGAUGAGGGCACGAUUCCAAACCGCAGCCAGUUCAAUCCAAUUCGAGUAUAUAACAAGGACAAGCCUCACAAAUAUGGCACAAAGUGCUAUAUGACAUGCUGUGCCGAGACUGGUUACUGCUCCAGAGUAGAAGUAUACUUGGGUAAAGCGAAGGACAAGAAGCAGGCGAAAGGCGUGGCACAGAAGGCUGUCAUUAGGAACUUGGCCAAGUCCUUCGACGGUCAACCACGCAAGAGGCUUAUCAUUGCCGAUAACUUCUACUCUUCGUGUGCUCUGGCACUUGAGCUGCGGGACAUGGGCUUCUACUAUGUCGGCACGCACCGGAAUGAUCGUCUUGGCUGGCCGAAAUCUCUCGAAUUCAAGCAAAAAAAGCGUCCAGCUUACAUGCCGCGCGGUACAUACAGAAUUGCCCAAGACGUUGACCACCCAGAACUUGUGGCAGUGGCGUGGAUGGACUCUUCACCGGUACACAUGAUAGCAAUUGGCUGCUCAACUAUCCCAACGUCGGUUACACGGCGGGACAAAGCCACCGGAGGUCUAGAUCGAGUGCCGUGUCCCCAGCUAAUUGCUGAUUAUCACGCUGAUUUGCCAUCACGCAGGCGCAAUCUUGCACUGCAGUUUAUCGAUGUGAACAAUGAAUCGAGCACUUCAGAUGGCGCGUCCAUUGAAUCGGGACUAGAAGGGAACGCUCCAGCAGUCGGAGGCCUAGAUGUAACUGUCGAGGCCACGCAAGAUGACCCGAAUAUCACUCCAGAAACAGACGACCCGAGCGCGUACACGCAGUUUGAGUCGGAUGGGGAGAACGACGAGGGAGACGACGAGAUGUCUUCUGUCGAUGGGGAUGAUGAAGCCGACAUGCAGUUACCAGUCCCCCAGAAAUGCAUUUCAAAAGUAGUAUGA